GAAAAAAAAAUUUGCUGAAUCCUUCAAAGCAUUCAUUUUGAUCCACAAGUGGAAAUUAAUUGUGUGACCCCACGUGUUUUUAGAAAUUUCCUCAGCCUUUCUUGCCUACCAAAGCAUGAAAGUUCCUCCCUCUAGCAAACACACAGAGGUGUCAACCAUUUACUCCAAUUGUAAGGUCAAUGCCGGCCAUAGCCUAGCUGUUGACAAUUUUUUGGAAUAAUUCUCUUCUCCCUCUUCAAUGUUCUCUGUCCACCACUAGACAGUAGAUACACUCCAAAAUGAACAUCUUCUUUAACCUCAGAUCCCUCUCUUCUCCCCUGAUUCUCUCCUACAUCAUCAUCUUCUAUCUCCUUGCCAAAAACACCUCCUGUGAUGUGGACCCAAACUUUCUUGCAUGUACACCCACAACCUGCGCCAACAACAAUCAAAGUAUAAGUUAUCCGUUUUACAUCGAAGGAAAACAAGAACCUUUUUGUGGGAAUCCCGGUUUUGGCAUCUCUUGUGGUCCAAAGGGUUUUCCAAUCCUUAAUCUGUCUAAUACCAUAUACAUCAUUCACCAUAUAUUCUACGAAAAUCAGACACUUCGAGUGGCCAAUGCCGCGUUUUCAGCUUCACGACAAAACACCACCAAUUCCAAAGGUUGUCUUCCUCUUCCUCUUACUCACAAUCUCACUCUUCCUAGUACCCGCGAGUUCGAUAUUGCUCCGAAUCAAACAGACAUUAGAUUGUUCUACGGCUGUGGGUCAUUGCCUUGGCUGGAAGAGCACAAAGUUGGGUGCUUUAACGAAACGAGUUCAGUUCUGGCAUUGUAUAAAGAGGAUAAAAAUAUAAGUUUUGUGUCAAAGAAUUGCAAGGGCGAGGUUGUGGAUACGAUAGUGGAAGAUGGAAUAAUAGGAGGGAAUGAAGAAGCGUUGACAAAAGGGUUUUUGCUGACGUGGAAGGCCGGUAACUGCAGCGUGUGCCACAACACUGGAGGGAGGUGCGGCUUCGAUUUCGUCAUGUACACUUUCAGGUGCUUCUGCACUGACAGUGUUCAUUCUGCCAUAUGUGAUCCUGAUGAUGAUCCAGUUGGGACAAAAGGGUCGAGUUUGAAGGCCAGACUGCGUAUAGCUUCAGCCGUGGUGGCUGCUGGCAUUGUAGUGCUGCUGAUGGUCUUGGCUUGCUGCUUUAGGAGAAAUAUCUUUUGGAGGAAGAAUCCAACACAUCGGAUUAUUGAAGGGUUUUUGAAGGAACACGGACCCCUUCCUACAGCUCGGUACAGUUAUUCAGAGGUUAAGAGAAUGACCAAUUCUUUUAGAAACAAAUUAGGCCAAGGGGGAUUCGGUAGUGUAUACAAAGGGCAGUUACAAGAUGGUCGUGUUGUUGCGGUGAAGAUUUUAAAUAAAUCAGACGGCAAUGGAGAAGAAUUCGUCAAUGAAGUUGCAAGCAUUAGCAGGACUUCACAUGUUAACAUUGUUAGGCUUUUGGGAUUCUGUUUGGACAGUUCUAAACGGGCUCUAGUUUACGAGUUUAUGCCUAAUGGAUCUCUUGACAAUUUUAUAUAUGAAGAGAAGAAUCCCCUAAAGGUUGCUCGCCACUUGGAUUGCAAAGUAUUGUAUGAUAUUACAAUUGGCAUUGCUCGUGGAUUAGAGUACUUACACAGAGGUUGCAACACUAGAAUCUUGCAUUUUGACAUAAAACCUCACAAUAUAUUGUUAGAUGAGGAUUUUUGUCCAAAAAUAUCCGAUUUUGGACUUGCAAAAAUUUGUCCAAGAAAAGAAAGCGUGGUAUCAAUGCUUGGUGCUAGAGGUACCGCUGGCUAUAUUGCCCCAGAAGUUUUUUCCAGGAAUUUUGGUGCAGUGUCACAUAAGUCAGAUGUUUAUAGUUUUGGAAUGAUGGUCUUAGAAAUGGUUGGAAGAAGAAAAAACAUUAAGGCUGAAGUAGACAACUCGAGUGAAAUAUAUUUUCCUCAUUGGAUUUAUAAUCGUAUUGAAUCAAAUCAAGAGCUUGGUUUACAAAAUAUAAAAAAUGAAGGUGAUGACCAAAUGGUGAGAAAGAUGACAAUAGUUGGCUUGUGGUGCAUACAAACCCACCCUUCAGCUCGACCAGACAUUAGUAAAGUGAUGGAAAUGUUAGAAAGUAAAAUGGAGUUAUUGCAAAUUCCUCCUAAACCUUUUCUGUCUUCUCCUUCAACCUCUCCGGUUCAUUUAUCAUGUGAGACACUAUAGUUUAGAAGAAUAUAUACUAAGAUGUAGCCUUUGUUGUAGUACAUUGCACUUAUUACUAUUUUUCUUCUUCUUUUAGUUUGGCUUUAUAAAUUGAUGAGUAAGUGCAGCGUUAAUCACUUUGAAAGAUUUCAUACUCUACAUCUAUUUCUUGUCUUAAUAUUCACUUUUGAUAGCUAUGUAGACUUAAUUUUUAGGUUUUGUCUUCGCUUUAUCUGCUUGCUUUAAAAUCCCCUUCCUACCCAUUUAUGAUGUGGACGCACACCACGAACCGCUCCAUCUCGUCGCCGACAUAGAUCGUGGUUUGGGUUUGGAUUUCAUCGCCUUUCCCUUUCCCAUGCGCCGCUCUGCACAGUGGCCACCCCAGAUAUGGGGUAUGAGGCUACCAUCUUCUCAAUGGUUUUUCUGCCACCGCGAAAGUACGGAAUAAGAAGGAAAAAGAAAAAUAAAGAGAGAAAGAGAGGGAAGGAUCGCCGGAAAUAUCUUUUUACAGUGUUCGGCGGUGGUGGUCCAAGAGAAGAAGGGAAGAAAUAGGACGGUGGUGGUCCAAUAGAAGAAGAAAGGAGAUAAUAAAUUCCAAAAAUGAUAAAUUAAUCAUCACAUUUUAAUCCUUACUUGUCAGAUUAACAAAAACAUUAGAUUU